CAGGAAGAAAGACAGUGUCGGGAGUGACGGACGGACGAAAAACAAUUGCAGCGUGAAGGAAGAAAGAGGUAGGCCUAUAUGGGAUAAUUUUCAGAUUGAACAAUUCGCUCAAGGUGAAGAGAAUAGUAUUUGUGUAGGGCCUCAAAGGUGAAUUACCCCCAGGGUACGUGCGGAGGGAUUGUAUAUCGGUUAUGGCUUUUUCUUGGUUGCUCAUAAAGUCCCCUUCCCACGUAGGCCACUAACCUCCGUUUUAUAGACCAUGUAUCAGUAUAGCCUGUACGUGACUGAAACUAUAAGAGCGACUUUCAUGAUGCGGUGUCAAACUCGAUACUUUUUACGAGGAAAAUUUAAAUGAUUGCGUUCAAAGGGUUUGCUGAACUUAGAAAGCGUAACAAAAUAAUUUUGUUUUUUGGAUUGGUGUUUUGAUUGGCGAUGGUUUUGCAAGGAAAAUGAAAUAGCACACCACUGCCUGGAGGCUGUCUGCGCUUACCACGCUGGGUAAUACAUACUGCAUACCAUAUAUGGUAUUAUGCAAAUGACAUAAGGAGUGAAGUUCAUGGUCUCCUGUUAGACCUUCGCAUUAAAUUGAGUGACGGUCUGCGGUCAUCAAUAGUAAGUGGAAGUCUAUUGGAAUUGUUGGUGGUAUACACUUGCGAUGAACAAUAUGAAAUUGACUUUUUUGGUAUAUGUUGCUUUAUUAAGUAGUAGAACUAGAUACCUACAGGUAAACGGUAACGAAAUCACGACGGCUGUAAGUACGGAUAAUGGUACAGUGUACGAAUGUAACUUCAAGAACCUGACAAUUUGCAAAAUGCAGAUUGAUGUUGGAUCGGUAGGCCUAUACUGGUCAUCUACAAAAUCCAACGCCAACCCACCGAUCAGAGACAAGUCUGACCCAGAAGGUAUAUUUCUGAUGUUUCAAUCGUCGAAAAUUAACAGUGGUGUUCACAGCUCAAUGGCCAAGACACCGGAGUUCCUGUUGCCGACGGGAAAAGGGACCCUUUCUUUCAAAUAUUACCUAUGGGACAUAAAUGACCCGCUUCAACAUGAGUUCCCAAAACUCAAAAUAUUUUCAUGUGGUAACUAUACGAGAGCGAUCUGGAAAAGGACAGGUGAUAAAAUCGACCAAUGGAUCCAAGCUAACAUUUACAUCAGUUGCCGUGAAAAGUUUAAGGUAAGAUGAUUAAACAGUGUGUUU